AUGACCUUUCGAAUGACCUGGCAACAAGCUGAAGAGGGUUGCAAACACUGGAAUGGAGCACAUUUGAUUUCGAUCAAAGACGAGAAAGAAUUAAGCAAAAUUGACGCUGUUAUACAAACGGAGGUUGGAGUUCAGAACGCUUCAUCGCGUUGGAUUAGUCAACUGUAUAAAAAAACACCAAACUUGGGAUGGUGGAUUGGAUUUGGACAAUUGUGUCCAAAUCAAAAUGCCAAAAAGAUGCCUGAAAUGAGGUGGACUGACGGAGAGAUGUCCGAUAUCAAAAAGCUGACAAAAAUUGGCGAUGUUGAGGUCAGAGUACCGAAAAUAGAAGAAUGGAGCCAGCAUUAUUGUCUGUCAUAUCAUUUUGAAAGAGAUGAUGAUGGUGAUGAGGUUAAACGAUAUUUUAACAUGAGCGAAUGUACACAAAGAAGAAAUUUCAUCUGUAAAAUGCCUGCUUUACAACAGGAUCGCAUUGAUGAUGAUCUCGUUUUGGAUGAACACUUAGAUGAGAAAUCGGCUGAAGUUAUCGAAGAAAAUCGGAACGAAAUGAGCUUGCAAUUUCCGUGCGGAACAGAUCCACUGUAUUGUCCGAUGAAAGAUGAGAAUGGUGAAACGAUAUGCUACCACUUACUAACGAAACAGCACUUUUGGCAACAGGCAAGGGAGUCAUGCGAAGUGGAAUACGAGUCUGAUCUGGCAUCGAUACACUCCAAAAAACAAUCUGAGUUCAUCUAUCAAAUGAUAAUGAUUCAGCCAUCAAUAAGUGGUGAAACGAAAUAUUGGAUUGGUUUACAUCGACGAAACGCGCAGAGACAAUAUCUGUGGUCGGACGAUACAGCACUGAAUUACAUGGAAUUGAGAACGCAAGAAAAUGAAGACGAAGAUGAAGGUAAUGAAUAUGGAGCGUGUAACGCCAUGAAGUUGAAAAUGAGAACUAUUGCAGACUAUUCGUGGAUUCAUCAGAGAUGCGAUAAUAAGCGGUUAGCGAUUUGUCAAAAACCAGGUUUUGGUUCGAAAUUGCACGAGAUAACCUCAAAGAAGGAUGAACAGAAAGCGAUUUCAUCAUCCUGGAAAUGUCCCGAUGGUUACAAGCUUUUCAGAGGAAUGUGCUACAAAGUGUUUGGUUUGAACAAAGACCCAGCUCAAACGUUCGAUAAAGCGAAAAAAUCAUGUGAAGAAUUGAAGUCAACAUUAGUCAGUCUAACCGAUCCGUACGAACAAGGCUUUGUGUUAUCGAUGCUAUAUGGCGUGAAUAGUGACGCAUGGAUUGGAAUGGAUAUGACCAAAGGGCGUAUCAGAUGGCUUGAUGCCGAACCUGUUCGAAUGACUAGAUUUAGUCCUGAUUGUCGUAUAGUGAAAAUUGGUAACGAUAGACACGUCUUUCAAAAUGCGGAAUUCGUGGGAUUUGCGCAAGACGCGUGCGUAUCACUCGAUGCUACCACUAUGAUUGGAUACUGGGAUUUGACAUUCAAUAUUUCUGAGGUGUCACGUUCAGAAUCUGGUAAAACGAAAACAGUUAGCAAUGGUCAAUGCAGUACCAAGAAGUUGCCAUAUAUAUGUGAAAAAUAUGCAGAAAAAUCCGAUCAGAAAAUGAAACACAAAUUUUGCUACUCAAAUGGUGCUGUCACAUAUUGCUUUCCAGCAGUUGACCCCAAUAAGCAUGAUUUGAUGAUGAUUUUUUCAGUAAAUGGAUAUUACAAUUUCACCGAAGCAGCCAAAAUAUGUUCAGAGUUGCCCAAAAAAAGCCCGUAUAAUACAGCCAAAAACAACUACGGACAAACAGCUCAAGUUGAUGACCUUUUCGAAUGGUCAUUUAUGAGUGCAAUCGCACUUCAAAAUGGAUAUCAACAAUUUUAUAUGGGCGUUCGAUUCGAUGAAUCCUCAGGUUUCGUUCGAACUGAUGCACGUCGAAUUCGACUAGCACCUUGGAGUAGCGGGGAACCGAAUUUACGUAACGGUAAUUGCGUUAUGACUAAGCUUACUAAAGCCGGACCAUCGUGGUUUAUGGUUCCGUGUUCAGACAAAGCACAACUCGUAUGUCGCUUCACCAAAGAAAAACCACUUGCUGAAAUUGAACCUGAAGUUCGUUGUCCGAAGGGAAAAGAGGAUUGGAUAUUGGGCGAGACGCAUUGCUAUCAUUUGGUAACGAAGACGUCUAUGAUCAGUACUGGUUAUAAAGCAGAGCAUGACUGUUUCAAGGUGUUCUUCAAUGCAACUUUGGCGAGUUUUGAAACGCAGCAAGAUUUCGAUAAAUUCAAGGAACGUUCAAUACAUCAGGAGCUCGAUCUACCAUCAGCAUUUAUUGGCCUCAUAAAAAGAGACAAAGAUGCGUUUGCAUGGAAAGAUUUAUCACCGUUGACAUUUGUGAAUUGGGACAAAGGAGAGCCGAGUGAAGUUUAUGGACGAGAUAAUUUUGAAUGCGUGAAAAUGAACUUAAGAGGUGCUUUCAAAUGGCAAAAAGUAGCAUGUUGGCAGAACUUGCAUUACAUUUGUUCAGUUCGAGUGAUCAGGAAAGAUGAAGAAGAGGACGAUUCGAAGUCAUUGCACAGCGGAGACGAUGAACAUGAUAUACCAGAUUUACCAUCACAUGAAGACGAUGAGAACGAAAAUGAAGAUAACAAACAUAAAGCUGAAGAUGAGAAACAAAGGGAUAUGGAGAAAAGCAACGAAAAGGAGUCGAAGAUUGAUGCUGAAAAAGAGGAUACAACUUCACAUGAGAGUGAUUCGGGUGAUGCGCUCGAUAGCGAAAAUGAUGACAGUGACUCAGAAACGAAUGGAAAAUCCGACAUACACAAAGGAGCUGAUGCCGGUAAUUCCUCUUCUGGAGGCGGUAUAUCAAUAGGUGGUUUGAUUGGCACAAGUGUGGGCUUCCUGGUUGCAAUUGCGGUAGCGGUGAUCUAUUGGAGACGUAGAAGAACAACGUUAAUGGAUAAUCAACAACGUAUAAUGCAGUUCGAUGCGCUUCAAAAUGCAGACGAAUACGAUGUUUGA